UAGGCUUUGAGCUUUAGCUGCACUUCGCAAUACAACCACAGCCCUGCUUUGUUUCCGCUGACUGGGUCACCGGUCGGUAUCUGGGUGCAAGUCGGUGCCUUGCUCGAGGGCACCUCCAUGUGGCAGAAGGGGACACUGUUACUGACAUGUAUGCACCCAGUGCCGUAUGGAAACUCUAAUCUGCUCUCACAGGCGGAAACGGUGAGGUUGUUAUUGUCCAGAACAUUUAUCCGGCCUGUUUCUGCUGCUGCUGCUUUCACGUGUGUCGAAAAUCUGAAACAUCAGAAGAGUAGGCUUUUCCCCCCGGUUUCAUCCCCAUUGGCCGACAUGUGACGUUGUCGGGGGCGUGGAGCCGGGUCGACAGCUUAAUUUGAGGUAUUUUAUUCUCCAUAUAAUAGAUUUUUGAUUCAGCUACAGGCUGAUAUUAAGCCCCAUAUUUAUAUUUUCACCCUGUCUGUUUAGUUUUUCAUCGUCUUGUUAUCAUUCAUCAUUUCGUUUCAAACUGCAUCACAGGGUCCUCCUCCUUCUCUCCUCCUACGUCUCUCCUCUUCCUCCUCCAUCCCUCCUCCUCACAUUUUCCCGGUGCGGUGCUGCUGCCUCCUCCGUGUCCUCCGUGCGGCGCAGCGCGGCCAUGGUGGACUCUCCCAGCGCGAUGAAGAAGACCUUCUCGGUGCCGGAGAUCAAACCGCUGGACCAGUACGACUUCAACCGGGCCAAGAUCUGCGCCAGCGUCCGGUGGCUGCUGUCGAAAUCGUACGGCUCUGCAGAAAAUGUUCCUGUGGAGUUGCGGGAGCCACUUUACAAGGACCAGUAUGAACAAGAGCACCUCAAGCCGUCCGUCUCCAAGCUACUUCUCUCCCCGGAGAUCUACUGCCGAGCCCAGGCCCUGCUGGCCCAGGCACACGGGGUCUCUCUGCCAGCGUCGCAGGGGUCCCCGGCCGACAACUCCGCCCUGCUGCAGUUCCUCAUUAAGAAAGGUUUCGCUCCAAAGGUCCAGGAUGCAGACGUCAGAGAGGAGGACCUCAGCUACGUCCCCAUCAAGACGAAAGCCCACCUCGCCCUGAUUGACUCUCUGAUGACUCUGGCUGCUAAAGAGGUGGUGGGCAGGGUGAAGAUCGCGAUGGAGGCGGAGCAGAUGGGUGUCGGGGCUCCGUGGGAGAACGCUCUGCUCUUCUGGGUCAACAGGCUGAACCAGAAGUUAAGAGAAAGCACAGAAGAAGAAGAGCCCCCCAAGUCGCAGACAUGUACAGACCUGCAGCCUGCUCAGGAUGCGUGUCAAUCCACCCGUUGGUACUGGAAACUAGUCCCUCAUGCUAUCGCUUUUUGUUUGAAGGAGUCGGGGAAUAAGCCGCCAGUGAUUCGCUAUAGGAAGGACAAAGUGCAGUCUAAGCUGACUCCUACUUUCCCUUUGGUUUCUGCGGUCAAAGAUUUGUCUAAUGGCUGCGCUAUAGCUGCUGUGUUGCACUACUACUGCUCCAGCUUGCUGCCUCUAGAGGAUGUGUGUCUCAAGGACACCAUGUCAGUGGCUGACAGUCUCUACAACCUGCAGCUGAUCAAAGAGUUUUGUGAGAGCAGUUUACAGAGCUGCUGCCCCCUCGCUGUGGAGGACCUGCUCUACGCACCACCGGUUCUGCAUCUGAACAUCAUGAGCUUCAUAGCUGAGCUGCUGGAGUGGUUUGAGGUUAAGAAGCCUGAUUUUGUCCAGCCCAUACAACCCAUCGACCUCACAGAUGUCUCGGGGUUACUAGACUGUACAAGUCCUGUCAGCGGGAACAGCAACAGUGGUUCUCCUUCCUUCAUCUUCAAACAACCCUUUGUGCCCAUCUCCUCCCCAGUGUCACCAGAAAACAAAAGUUGGACAAAGAAACAAAUCAGUCGUCCUCUGUCAGCAGUGACUUUCAGCAUCCCAUUUGGGCUGGACAGUGAUGUUGACAUUGUCAUGGGAAACCCAAUAGAUUCUGUCUUUCGCUCUGUCAGCACUGACAGCCUCACCACCGGCAUCCCUGCAAUGACAUCACCAGUGACAUCAGCGGGGAUGACUCAUGUCCCGUACAGCCCUCCAGAGGACUUCAGCCACCUUGUCAGCGCUUCUGCACCAUCACAGCGCUCGUCCUGGGGCCCUCACGCACACACAACGCCACUGGGAGAGCUGCCGACCAUCGAGGAGGCGCUACAGGUGGUUCAUACUCCUGGCAGCAAAGAUUGGAGGAAGGGAAGGACAGCAGAGAAAAGUGGAAAAGGAGUACUGGGAGGAAGGCCAGAACCCAGGUUACGCCCCGAAGGAGCCCCUGCUGGUUUCUUCCUACACUCCCCUAAGGAGGAUAAUCCACAGCUCAGUAGCUCUGCUCCCUGUCGCUCUGGAGUCCUCUACCGGCCUGUUGGAGGAGAAGUGGGGGAUACUAAAAGGCAAAGAAGGGGAGAGGGGAGUGAGAGAUCAGGGCACACCUCUGAUAUGUCACGUGAUGAUGACUCUGUUCUACGAGAUGGCAGCAUUGACUCCUCUGAAGCAUCGGAUGAUACCUCUAGAAACGCCCCUGGUAAUAUUCGACCCAGCAACGGUCGCCAGGGAAACCACAGCACCAGCAACAGUCCACGCAUGACAAGCUUUGCUGAGCGACGUGACACCAGACGAAGACAUCCUGCUGCUCCCGGGGAGGAAUCAGCCUCUGCUACGACCCCAACAACCACAGGCACUCCACAUACACCUUCCACCCCAGCAGGGGCACCUGGCUGCCAGGACAGCCCAGGUCCCGGAGGCCCUGAACCAGGCUCUGAGGCCUGGGAGUUGGGGGCUCGUCUGGAGGAAAAACGCAAAAGCAUUGAAGCCCAAAAAAGACGAAUUGAAGCCAUCUUUGCCAAGCACAGACAGAGGCUUGGAAAAACUGCUUUCCUUCAACUGAAACGAGAGCAAGGAGAGGGAGGAGGGGAGGGCGCAGAGCAGGAUAAUCUCACCCUGGAGGAGCACCUCACUCACGUGGAGGAGCAACUGAAACAGGAGGAGGAGAAGGAAGAAAAGGAAAAGAAGCAGAAAGAAAAAGAUGGAGAAAAGGAGAAAGAGAAGCCAUCUGUUUCCAAUCUUCCUCGGUUAGAGAAGCAGGUCACAUUCUCUAUUGAAAGUAAGAAAGGGGCAGAGAAAGAGAAAGGAGGUGAAGCUGCCCUGGUGGAGUGCAAUGAAGUGGUGCAGAAACUGAGUGAAGCUCUGCAGUCAUUACAGAAGGACAUGCAGAAACUUACAGAACAGCAACAGCAGCUCAUGAGCAACCAAAGACCCAGAAAUACGCCCAAAACCACUCCAAAAUCAACACCCAGAAGUAACACCAAAACACAACCCCAAACUCCUCCUCACACCCCAACAAAGACACCACCAAGAACCCCGACAAAGACUCCUACAAGGAGUACCAGUAAAGCUUGGGUGAUUCCUGCUGGUCCCAGUCCCCCCUCUGCCUCCUCCCCGUCACGGCGUUCUCACGUUCUUACCUCCCCAAUCAUCUCUUCCUCCUGUCCAGCUCCUCGCACUAAGAUCCAUUCCUCCUCCACUCCCCGCAGUCCCAAGCACCACCCACGUCCCCAACAUCAGCCUCACACACGGCCUUCUGAACUCAAGUUUCCCCCGCUAAGUCGUGUCUUGACACCAGCCCAGAAUGUGGACACCCUCCCCCACUUGCGCCGUGUGUCCCCCAGCAAGUGUCAGGUUCAGACCUCCUCUUCCUUCCGUAUCGGUGGGCCUCAGACUCCUCAAGAGUCUCCUCAGCCUACCCAGCAUCCACAGCCUGACGAAAGCACCUCAGACACAGGCUCUAGUGAGACACCAACUCAGUUCAGCCUGGAGCUGGAGCAGGAGGAGGUGGAGGCUGUAGCAGGGCUGCCGGUCUUGCCACAGCCCAGACAAGAUCGUCCAAGGGCUGCUGGUGGAAGCAGCUCUGGCGCUCCUUCUGAGUGCUCAUUUGAGAGCGAGACUUUCUCCCUUUCUGCUGCGUACAGCACAGGAGGUGAAGGUGGGAGAGGUGGAGGUGCAGGGAAGCGCUGCAGCCUGAUUGAGGUCUCGCUGUCAUCUCUGGGAGGGCCAGAGGGGGGCAGUGAUGAACCAACUGAUGAAGGGCAGGAGUUUUUCUCUGAUUCUAUGAGUGACCACACAGAAUCUGCUGUGGAACUUGCUAGAGGACUUGCUGCAGAACCCCUAGACCCCAUAGAGCAGCUGGAUCUGGCCACAGGAGCUUGCAAUAUACCAGAGCAACAAACUGAAUCCAAAGAAGAACAGACAAGACAGACUGAAAUUUUGGAACCAAGUGGAGAACAGAAUGAGCUGGGGACAAGAGGAGGAAUUCAAUUCUUCUUUAAGGAGGAAGUACAUAGUGAGGGGGAGAUGGCUCAGCGUAGAGCUUUGCUGUUGGAAAAACAGCAGAAGAGAACUGAGGAGCUGAGGAAGAGGAGACAGUGGCAUGAGCAAGAAACGGAAAACAGACCAGCAUCGUUAGACAAAAGAGGGGCAUCUCCCUCCAAUACGCCUCCUGCAGGCACAACCUCACCUUCCCCAACACCUCCUGCCACACCAGUCCGCCGGGGAGAUUUUACGCGAGGGGAGUAUGCACGACGGCAGCAACUCAGGAUCAUGGAUGACUUGGACAAAGUGCUUCGGCAGAAAUCAACCAGUCAAGGACGAUCUUCUGCUAAGAAAACCCGCUCCCGGCCUCGCAGCAUGACCAGGGAGGAAACACAGCUAUCUCUGAGUCCAGCCAAGGGAACAACUGGUUCUAAGUUGACCAGAGUCUACUCUCACUCCUCCCUCAACCUGGCAGCCACGGAUGAGCCAGGAAACAAAUGUGGUGACCCUGCUAAGAAACCCCACAGCCGUCCUGAUUCACCUGCAGGAUGUGUGACACCAAGUAGACUGGCAAAUCAGAACGGCGAUAAAGACUGGGAGACUGGUUCCAGUGGAACCUCGCCUGCUCCAGAAUACACAGGUCCAAAGCUCUUCAAAGAACCAAGUUUCAAGUCCAACAAAUUCAUCAUUCACAACGCUCUGUCUCGCUGCUGCCUUGCUGGAAAGGUCAACGAGACACAAAAAAACAAGAUAGUUGAGGAGAUGGAGAAGAGUCCUGCCAACCACUUCCUUAUCCUCUUUCGUGAUUCCAGCUGCCAGUUCAGGGGCGUUUACACCAUGAACCCCGACUCCCAAGAGCUUGUUCGAUUGGCUGGCGUAGGCCCUCGGACAAUUGGCUCCACUCAGGUGGAGUCCAUCUACAAAUACAGUUCAGACAGGAAGCAGUUUAGUGCCAUCCCCUCUAAAACCAUGGGCAUGAGUGUGGACGCCUUCACCAUCUCCAGCCAUCUUUGGCAAGGAGGAGCAGGAGGAGGAGGAAGCAGGAGAGCAAGCAUUACUAAGAAGGCAGUAAUUUCCAAGUGAGGAUUAUAACACAUCACAGUGACAGAUCAUUAAAGAAAACACUGUAAUCACACUGUAAUUAUAGUGAAAACUGUUGUCAAAUAUGAAAAACAGUAGGAGCAGGAGAGCAAGCAUUACUGAAAAGGCAGUCAUUUCAAGUGCGGAUUAUAAUACAGUGACAGAUCAUUAAAGAAAACACUAUAAUUAUAGUGAAAACUGUAGAAAAACAGUUGUAUGCACACAGAUGAGCCUUUAGCCAUGUGUGUGCAUACAUACACCUUACAUCUCUUGCCCCUGGAUUUUACUACAAAUACAAAAUAUAAAAAAAUGAUUUGUACGCCCCCUUAACGUGAAUGAAAAUGUUAACAGCACAACUUUCUUUUCCUAAACAGAGACACACUCAUAUCCAGAGUGUACAGAGGAAGGUUUUGUAAAAUGUUAGGUUAAUUGCACAAGGGAAGAGUUACUUUUAAAAAGUCUCAUAACUUAUACUUUCAUUGUUUGAAGUACAAACUCAAAAAUGACUUUUUUCUUCAGAGGAAAAGGAAACUUUAUUAAGUUGUUUUUUGAAAAACAUUGACUUUCAUAAGACACACGAUUGCCGUCUGUUCCCGCUCUGGUUCUGUGGACUGAAGUCAAGUAGAACACCAGUUUUAUAUAUUAAGCCAAAAAAAAAUGCCUUCUUGUGUCAGAGUGACUGGCAGGACUUUUAUCUUGUACGACUUUCAAGUUUAAUUCUACCAACAACUGUCAGUAGGUGGAUCAAUGCACAUUUGUUUUGCAAAAUGAAAGAUAGCCAUAACCAUGUGAUGCAGAGAGCAGAAGUGAAUGUCAAAGAUCUGUUAAUGUGUCAGUGGUUUUCAGAGAUGAUUACCACAGCAUGAAUGGUUAUUUACUGUAUGUGUUAUAAGCUUAUUUCAGAAUAAUAUCACAGUGAAAACUUGUGGUUUGAUGAAACUAUGUUGAUAAUGGGUAUAUGUAUGAGCAACAACACCGAACUAAUAGUAUAUUGAGGAUGACUUUUCAUGCCAAGCUUACAUUUAUAAGUAACUGGAUUGUUGCGCUCUCGGUCAGGGAUGGGUUCCAAUAGCUAGUUACAUUUUGGAUCCGGUUCCAAGUUGGUAAAAUACCCGGAUUUGUUGAGCUCUAACAAAUCCCUUAUUGAGUAUUUCAUUCACAAUCUCUCCCAGACGGCCGACACUACAGGCAUUUGCAAAGAAAAAAAAACUGGUGACGUAUACAAACAUGCACUGACACAGUUGUAAACAAGACUGACUGACUGAACAUGGUGGACCGUCUUAACUUAAACAUUUCGAAGUCAACGAAACAGCUGCGAAAUGUGUAUUUGCAGAGGGUAUUUACGACAAAGAGGGGAACAAAUAAUCCCUUAAAUGUUUAUCUACCAUCCAUCAUGUUAAAAUAAGAACUUGGCAUUUUUGAUAACUUGAAAAGGACGAGUGCACCACCUAUAAGUCUACUGCAGAAGUUACACUGUAUUCUGUGACCUGUAGCAGAGCAACAAUGAAUAAUUAAAUAAUUAAGAUUAAUUUCCCACCAAACAAACAACCUAACAAGAUUCGAUAAGUGGAUUCAGAAUUGAUAAAAUGCUAUUGAACCCCAUCACUACCCUUGGUAGAGUGCACACAAUUAAAUUGUUGUGUUUCAGACCAGCAUUCAUGUAUGAAAUAACAGACUGGAUUAAACUCCACUGAUCAAGUUG